AAUAGAAUGUCUAGGCAUUUUUGUUUGAUUCACUUUGGCAUAUCUAUACUAUUAAUAAAGGGAGAGGAGGGGAUUCAUGUCCACUCCAAAAUCGUCCAUAAUACCCUUCAUUUCUUUCCAAAUAACUACCCAUAACUUGCUUUUUAACUCUAUUCAACUGCCUCUACUUGUAAAAUGUCAAUGUUACCCUUUAUUUCUUCCCAAAUAACCACCCAACACCCUUUUUAAUCUUAUUUAAUUGUCUAUUUCUUUUUUCACUUGGGUAACCUUGUGUGCUUGAUGUGUAAUUUAUUAAUUAUUGCUUGCAUAAUACUGUUAUGGUCCUUAUUAUUAUUAGGACUCUUACUGAAGUAAUAUUUGUGACUGAUUGAAAGUUGUCAAAAUCAUUAUGGUUAAGAGAAGCUAUUCCUUGACAUCUUAUUGAACUGCCAAUUCAAUGCUAGCAGAAGAUAGUGUGAUAACUAAUGCAGAAGAUGGGGAGCCUGUUGAAGUUAAGAAACCUGAUACAAUGGAAGAAGGUUUAAAGGAAGAGGUGUGUGCAAAUUCUAAGGCAGUGAAUGUGGAACCAAAAAUGUCAUUGAAGGUUCCAUUUUACUGUACAGUAAUGAUGUCUUGCACUUAUUAUCCUACAGAAGAUGCUGAAGAAGAGGUGGAAGAUAACAGGAAGCGACACUUAAAUGUUGUAUUUAUUGGUCAUGUGGAUGCUGGCAAGUCAACAAUAGGAGGGCAAAUACUAUUUCUUAGUGGUCAGGUUGACGAUCGGACAAUUCAAAAGUAUGAGAAAGAAGCAAAGGAUAAAAGUAGAGAGAGCUG